GGUCCAUUAGCAGGAUCAGAUCACUGCACAGACGAGAAGAGACGAGACAGCCGAGGCAGACGGAGCAGAAGAAAGAGGGAGACACAAGAUAGAAGAACACUGAAUAAGAAGAGAGAAUAAGACAGAGAGAGAAGCAAAGCAUCAUGGACGCUUUCAAGAAGGGAUUCUCCAUGGCGAAGGAUGGAGUGGUAGCCGCAGCCGAGAAGACCAAGGCCGGCGUGGGCGAGGCCGCCGCCAAGACCAAGGAGGGGGUCUUCUACGUCGGAAACAAGACGAUGGAGGGAGUGGUGACCGGCGUUAACACAGUUGCCCACAAGUCGACAGAACAGGCCAACGUUGUUGCCGACACUGCGGUUGCCGGUGCCAACGAGGUGGCCCAGGCGGCGGUGGAGGGGGUGGAGAACGCGGCGUUAGCGAGCGGAUUCGUCAGCACGGAGGAGGCGGGACCAGUGGCUGAGGAGGCCGACCUCCCGAAAACAGAAGCAGCGGGAGAACAGACUGAACAGUAGAAUCUCGUCCUCCCUGACCUGCAGUCACUUCCUGUUUCUUCCUGUCCAAUGAGCAGCAAGAGAAGAAGAAGCUCUGACCCUCCCUGACACGUUAACCCUCUCACUGUGUGUAACUAAAGCUCAGAACGUGUCUGUCUGGAACGGACCAACUGUAUCGCUGCUUGUAGCUUUCUCCAGAACCAUUGAACCCCAAAAUAACUUCUUAAUAUGCAACUUAACUGUGUGCUAUUGACAUACUUUGUACUUUUACUUCAAAGGAAAACAUUGUACCACAUUAACCUGUUGGAGAAAUGUUACUGGUUAUGUUGGAGAUUAAGGUUUUACUCACAAAAUAUCACAAUUAAAAUAGAUUAA